GCCUUUCCUUUUCCCAGUACCUCCCUCUUCUCAUGACCUGCCAACCGAUUCGAAAGGGUCCCUUCCCGCGGUCCGGCGAGCACCCAAAAGCUGAAGGUGGCGCGGGAGUGAGGCCAUAACUUUCUCUCUUAGCCAUUGCUUCUGCUGCAGCGAGCACUCCAUCUGCUGUCUCUCCUCGCCCCACUGGUUACUUCUAUCUGAUGUGUGCCUUAGUUUCUCCUUUUUUCGCGAAGUGCCAAGUCUUUAACGAGGAGCAGCAUUAAGUGAUUCAAAAUUUGUUCAGCGAUUCGUCGAAGUAAGUAGGGUUGUGAGGAGGUUCUCUGGUGGAAUUUCUGAAUCGUGGUGGGAGGCGUACUUCGGAGCACCACCAUGACUGCGGUGAAUGUUACCAACGUUACUGUGCUGGACAAUCCGUCGAUGUUCAUGAAUCCGUUUCAAUUCGAAAUUUCGUACGAGUGUCUCUGUCCCCUUCAAGACGAUCUCGAAUGGAAGCUCAUCUACGUCGGGUCAGCUGAGGAUGAAAAAUAUGAUCAAGUUCUUGAGAGUGUCCUCGUUGGCCCCGUGAACAUUGGUAACUAUAGAUUCGUAUUUCAGGCAGAUCCUCCAGAGCUUUCAAAGAUCCCAGAGGAGGAUACCAUCGGAGUGACCGUGCUUCUAUUGACGUGCUCAUAUCAAGGACAAGAGUUCAUAAGGGUUGGGUACUACGUAAGCAACGAUUACGUGGAGGAAGCUCUACGUGAAGAGCCUCCGGCGAGGGUCCUGAUUGAGAAGGUGCAGCGUAACAUCCUUGCUGAUAAACCGCGAGUCACCAAGUUUCCUAUCGUUUUUAAUUCUCCAGCCCCAGUCCUGAACCAUAUCGAAUCUGAAAGGAUUACCGAUUCAUACAUUUCUGAACCUGCAGCAAUCAGCACCCUUCACACGUACGAAAACGUAUCGGAUGUGCACAGUACUCCACCUGCGGCAGUGGAUAUCAUGCAAACUGAUGAGAACAUUGUACAUGCUCACGCUUCCUUGGAUACUCCUAUGGACUUGGCACCCGCUGAUGAGGUUAGAUCGGUGGACCUCCGCACACCUCAGACGUUGCAAGAAGUGUGUUGAGAGGUAUCUGACUGCCCACUUGUGCAAUGUUGGGAGGGCUAAGUCUCUCUUGUGGGUAUGUACUCAUUUAGGUUAAAUUGGUUACCCCUGUGGAUGAUGGGUGGUAGAAAGUUCACCUCAAGGUGCACUGUGCCACACUCUCGUAGGUCAGCAUUAAGUCCAUGUGGAUGUUGUGCGUCCGACAUUAUCUUCUGACCUUGGUUACAACCAUUCCUAGGAGUAGUUGUAUAUCUAGCUUUUUUGUAGCAACAAAGGUAGGGUUUCACAAAUAUCCACAUUCAAUAUGUACAUUAUGACCUUGUCUAAACAGCCCAGAUUUGAUAUAUGCCUAGGCACUGAUUUUCAA